AUGGCCGCAUUAUCUCUUUUGUUUCUCAGCUACCGGAAUCCCAUAGCAAUGACAUUUCCGACGCGUGCGCUAAGCCCGGUACUGCUUCUCGACAGCGCUCGCAUCUUUAAGGAGGCCUCUUUCCGCGGGCGCCUCCAUGAAACUGAAGGCAGCGGGAGGGAUAUUGGCGUGAGCGGCAGCACCAGCAGCGAAAGCAGAGUGGGCGGGGGUGCAGGGCAGUCUCAGGAACAGUGGAAUUACACAGAAGCUGAGGCGCAACGGUGUAUGAGACGCUGCAUGGCCUUGAGGCUUCACGAGUCCUGGACGGCAGGCGCGUGGACAGCCACCCCGUACUAUGCCGGGCAUGUCUUAGGUGCUGCAAUGCUUCACGCUCAGCUCCCUGGCGGCGAUUUCAACACGUCGCCGGAUAGGCACCUGGGUAGCGCGUGCAUCCCACGACUCAGGCCCGAUUUGCUUAUAAGCGAAUGCACAUACGGCUCGUUCGUGCGGCCGUCCAAAAGGAUAACGGAGAGGGAAUUUUGUGAUGCCGUGCACGACGCCCUAAAAAAGGGGGGUAAAGUCCUGAUUCCUGUUUUCGCAGUUGGAAGAGCGCAAGAGCUGUGCAUGCUGCUGAAUUCCUACUGGCAGCGCAUGCAGUUGCAGUACCCGAUCUACUUUGGUGGUGGCAUGACAGAGAAGGCCAACAAGUACUACAAACUGUAUGUACAGUGGACUGGCAGUGAUAUGGUUCAUCGAUUAGAUGGUGCGAAUGCGCAACAUAGCACCUUCGACGAUCAGGUGGAAGAGGACGCGCCUCCAGGACCUGCAGCUGAAUUUGGCGAGUUCGACUUUCAACACAUCUCCACGCUGCCCCCGGAGGUGCUCACGUCACCCACACCCAUGGUGCUUCUGGCAACGCCUGGGAUGCUGCAUGGAGGUUUGGCCCUUAAAGCGCUAAAGCUGUGGGCUGGAGGCCCAGAAAACCUCGUGCUGCUCCCAGGUUACUGCGUCCGUGGGACUGUAGGGGCAAUGCUCAUUGACGAUACCACGGGGAUCCAGCAGCUUGCGCGACAUCUGCAGCCGAAAGCUGUAAUGCUGGUUCACGGUGAGAAGGAGGGCAUGCUCAAGCUGGCUCGCGUCCUGCAGCGGGAACUCGGUGUUCCAGUACACACUCCGCCCACCGGCCAGACGGUGUCUGUCCCAUUAGAAAGGGCAGAGCGCCGUGUGCCUGUCUAUAUCCAUGAUCACUGCUUUCGCCGUUCUGUUGCAAAUUUGAAUAAUGCGUCUCCAGCCAAUUCUUCGUUAAGGGAAACACUCUGGGAGUGCGACGACCCCGCACUGACUGCAUUGCUUGGGUCUCCGGCUAUUCGGCGCUACUUACCCCAGUCAGCGGCCGACGCUUUCUCCCUUCCCUACUUUCCGGUCUCUCCGUACUUUUUCCCCCCAUCCUCGCUCUUCUUCUGCAUUCCAAGCGAGGUUGCGAAGGGCGUGCCAGCUGGCUCCGGAGAAGGACGAGACCCUGCCGACGACCUAUUCCUGUUGGUUGGCUUUGAAGACCUUGCUCGUGGGGCCACAGACGCUACAAUCAACGGCUGCGGAAGCUUUAAACACUAUGCUAGCUCAAAACAGACGCCAGGUCUUGCAGGCAGCUCAGGGAUCGGCAGUCUCAGCGAGAACCCGCAUCUGGGCGACGCUGCACAGGUUGAACUGAAGAGUAGGAAUAAAAUUCACUUCCCGCAAUCGACGGCGGUGGACAGCGCGGCUGUGGCAGGGAGAGUACCGCCGCGCUGCCUUCAGCUCGUUGCACUCCGUUACCAGCACGAAGUGCAACUGGAGGCACCUCUGUUCCAACAAUUGCUUCAUUUGUUCUUGGACUACGUUGUUCAGUGCCGGCAGGCGUAUGAAAAACAGCGCAUGCAUUGUGGGCUUGUGGGCGGAGAAGAGCAUCCCUCUGCACUUGCUACACCUGAAUUUUGCGACUUUGGGGACCGUCUGGGGCUGCAGGAGCUUGACAGCGGUGGAAUUCUCAUUGAAUUUCUGUCUCUUGUUGCGAUCCACGAUGGCCGCGACCGUCUUCGCAUGCAGUGGUCCGAUGAGGACGAGCGGCGGCCUGGGGCGGUGUCCGUGUUCGUGGAGUAUUUCUCUAGCUUAGAAGGCAUCGUAAAUGCCAGUGUGAACGCCGCUGCAUAG